UUCUAAAAUGCAUAUAUGAAAGAUAAAUGAAUUUUGUGGAUAAUCACAUUAGUGUGAAAAUAUAGGCUUAUGGAAGUACAUUCUUGAACAUAAAUAGACCUGUAGCUAAUUUACAUGAUCUUAAAUUUCUGUUCUAUUACCUUCAGAACAUAUCACAAAGAAAUCUGAGGCCUUUAUGCUCUGGACCUCAUAGGUUUAAGUGAAUAACGAAGUAAACAUGCAUGGGAUUGGAGGUGUUUCUAGGUCUGGUCGUGUGAGAAAGAAAUCUGCUAAAUUGAUAGAAAUGGAAGUCUGGGAUGCACCCGAUCAAGAAGGAAGACCUCAUAAAAAGUCAAAAUCAUCAGAUGAGUCUGAACAAGAAACUGAAAAAAAAGUAGCUCCUAUAAAACUACCUAUAAAAGUUCCUACUAGGAAGCCACAGUUAACUGGUUCCCCUACAAAACAGAUAUAUUUUAAUCCUGAAAAGGGGAGAAUUGAGUCAGGACAUAUUGAAAAGAAUCUUGAUUCUAAUAAUUCCUCUCCAAAAAUGGAAAAGAAAUCCAGUAUUUUCUCUGCUGCAACAGAUGAGUUACAUAGACCCAUAGUAACAACUAUAUCAAGUUCAAGCUCUUCAUCUGAAUCAGAUGAAAUAAGUGAAGAGGAGCCUCCUCCUAUAAAAGAUUUUACACAAAUGGAUCAAAGAUUUUUACCACCAAAAAAGAAGAUAAAAAAAGAUGUGAUAUGGUUAAAACGUAUUGUGCCUUUUGAAACUAACAAAAUUCCACUGCAAAGUAAGGUUAGACCAAUGAGUGCUUAUAUGCUGUGGUGUCGUGAAAAUAGGAAGAGGAUUGUAAGAGAAAACCCACAACUUGAUUUUCAUUUGAUCAGCAAAAAAAUGGGUUCAGUGUGGCAAUCUUUAUCAGCUAAAGAGAAGAUGGCAUGGAAGAAGAAAGCAAACCAAUAUGCCAAACUACAAAGGAUAACUGGGGGUGCAUCAUUUAUUAUGACAGAGAAGUGUGGACCUUCUGCAGGACAGCUUGCCAGUUCUGGUAGUGAAUCCAACAAGAGUAACAUCUCUGGUAUUGUCAGCAACAUCAGUUCCAUUUAUGAUCCCAAAACAAAACUUCCAAGGACAACACCACUUGAUGUUGCUGCUUAUUUGAAGCUUUUAGGAGAUUCCCUUAGUAUUAUUGGUCAGAGAUUAACUGAACAUGAAGGCCAAAUAGCUGUGUCAGGAACACUGUCAGUGUUGUUGGACUCCACACUUUGUGCUCUUGGACCAUUGAUGUGUCUUACGAGCCAAGUUCCCGAGUUGAAUGGUUGUGAGCAGACGUCUCUGGCACAAAUUUUAGACAACAUAGCUUAUGUGAUGCCUGGAUUAUAAAAUCAGCUUGAAAAAAUAUUAAGCACUAAACAAUCUGAAGCUGAUAAAAGUUCAUGGAAAAUUUCAUCAAAUAAACAGAUUUAAAUCACAUAUUGCACCUACCCUUGUUGCAAGUUUUCGUUUUACGCUGUAAAUGCUAUUGGUGGUUGCAGUCAUUGGUUGUACCAAAAAUGUUUCAUAUUUAUCCUAAACCAAGCAUUUGGUUAAUAUUUUGGUGAUUGAUUGUAAAUAGAUUAUAAAAAACACAUAACCCUUACAAUCUAUUCAAUCCAGAAGUGUUUUCAGCAACAGAAAUGAAACUACACACUAGGGGCACACUUUACUGCCAUACACCUGAACACCUGCAAUUGGCUAAUGAGUGUGUGUCAACACAGAAGUGAGGCUAGAAGAAUAAGGUCAUACAAUCAAGGUAGUUAGUAUUGAAUCCUUGGUAGGGAAAGCCAGACCAAUUAAGAAAAUGUUUAAUAGUUUUCAUCAACUCACUAAUUUUGGAGCACUGUAACUGCAACUUGUCUUGUGGGCACAAUUGCAUCAUUUAUCUAAAAAAUAAUGAUAGAAAAUAAACUUGUGUUAUUUCUACACAUUAAAAAAAACUUCAGAAUUGAAGUUUAUUUAAUAAAAAAAAGAAAUAAUAAAAUAGUUAAGUUUCGAUUUUGGUGCACUCCAAACAAAAAUAUUAGUGUUUCUGAAUUCCUUUUAUAGUAUAAUAUGACACUCAUGGUGUUCUAUGAGGGAAAUUAUAAUAGUGUUGAAGAAAAUAGCACUAAUUUGACUGUAUAACUUGAAAACAAGUGUAGUUUUAUCAAUUUUAUUUUCAACUAUAUAAGCCAAUAUGUCUUCCAGUUCAGUGGAAAUUUCCAUAGAGAUUGAAACAAGGUGAUAAAAGAUUAGUUUGGUGAUAUUCUACUAGAACAAGAGAUGGUGUGAACAAAUAAAAUCCUGAUGUUUUGUUAAAGCUUGUGAAAUGCUUGAUUUUGAAAUAUAAUAGGAGAAGAAAUGUUUUUCAUGGAGCAGAAUUAGGUAGGCUUAGCUAAAUCAAUCUGCACUCAGCUGUAUCAAAUUUUGUUUUGAUAACAAUGCUACUGUGUUAGAGUUAUUGAUAGGCCCUUUCAGAUAGAAUGGACAAAGAAAAUUCCCAAAAUGAAAUGAGUACAGAAUGGGUUUAAAAUUUAUUACUUUUUUCUUCAAUUUUAAAAAAAAACCAGCUUGGUUAUAAUUUUGGUAUGGUUAAAAAGUUUUUAAUUGUUCAUCAUUGAUCAUAAAUACAUUAAAAGUGCAUGCAUUGUUUUACAAAUCAAAAGAAAGAUGAAUUUUAUAGUUUUAUAAGAUAAAACCUAUAGAAAAGGUUUAGAAAAAUGUAGAAAGAUAUAAAAGUUGGUAAGCAAAAUCUGUAGCAAAGGUAAACAAUGAAAUAUUUUAAAAGCUGCAAAUUUAUACAAAUAUCACAUAUAAAAAUAAGGUAUUUUAUUUGGGGAAGCUACAUAAUCUGUAGAAAGUUCAUCAGAAUGUCCAAACUAAUUCAUCCACUACUUUAUUUCUUCAAUGCAAUAAAUCAAACCAUAUGACAGGUGUGUUAAAUCAAUACAUCAGAACUUCUGCUAUUUAAUUUAUAGCUACAUACUAUCACUAUUUGAUCAUUGGUUGGUUAUCCCUGCCACACAUCAAAUAUGAUUUUAUAAGUAAUUCCCACCAUUUGUAAACGUAGAUUCAGAGUUUUACCAUAAAGAUGGGCAUUGUAUAAAUAUUUUGUAUAUAAAAUAUCAUUUAAAUUCUAAAUGAGCAUUCCAUUAUGUUGAGGAAAUUGCUUUUCUAAGUAUACUCAUUAGUUUGUUUAUGUCAAUUUUUAUGUUUGGCUGUAAAAAGCGGUGUAAUUAAAUAAAACAGAUAAUUAUA